GAAUCGCGGGAUUCGAUUUCGUCUCUGGUUGACUGAUUUGCUCUGCAGAAAAAGAAAAAGAGAUGGCGUCAGUAUCGUUGUCCAGCCAAUUCCCCUGCAAAACACGACCUCCGACCUCACGGAACUCUAAAUCACAAAAGAAACCUGCAAUUCUGAUGCGGAUGACUUCGAUUAACCGGAUGCCGGCGGUUUUGGCCGGAGGAAUCGCCGUUUCUCGGCCGGAUUUCAGAGUCAGAUCCUCGGAGGUGGAAGACGAGUGGGGGAGUGAGCCAUCGGAGAACAGAUCACCCGUAUCAGUGGUGGAGAGAGAGAUAGAGGAGGCCAUCGAAGCCGUGGAGGAGACCGAGCGGCUGAAGAGAGCGCUGGCGGAAUCGUUGUACGGAACGGAUCGAGGUCUGAGAGCGUCGAGCGAGACAAGGGCCGAGAUUGGGGAGCUCAUCACGCAGCUCGAGGCGAAGAAUCCUACUCCGGCGCCGACGGAUGCUCUGUUUCUGCUCAACGGCAAAUGGAUUCUCGCCUACACAUCGUUCGUGGGUCUGUUCCCGCUGCUGUCGCGAGGAAUAGUGCCAGUUGUAAAAGUGGAUGAGAUCUCACAGACAAUUGACUCUGAGAGUUUCACAGUCCAGAACUCCGUCCGGUUUGCAGGGCCUCUUGCCACAACUUCCAUUAGCACCAAUGCCAAAUUCGAAGUCCGAAGCCCUAGACGUGUCCAGAUCAAGUUCGAGCAAGGGAUCAUUGGUACUCCUCAGCUGACGGAUUCAAUCGAAAUCCCCGAAAACGUGGAGGUUUUAGGACAGAAGAUCGACCUGAACCCCAUAAGAGGCCUACUCACUUCACUCCAAGACACAGCCACGUCGGUGGCUCGAACCAUAUCGAGCCGCCCGCCAUUGAAGUUCUCUCUACCGAGCGACAACGCUCAGUCGUGGCUGCUCACGACUUUUCUGGACAAAGACCUUCGGAUCUCGAGGGGCGACGGCGGAAGCGUCUUCGUUCUCUUCAAAGAAGGCAGCUCUCUCUUGGAAACCUCCAACUGAAACAUCACCAACCAUAACAUGUAAUCCCCCCCUCUUUUUCUUCCCUCUCUUCGUCUUAAGUUAAAACUCGGGGAAACAAAUAAGAUACAAUGGAUAGAAUCAUGUCGUGUAUUGUGUUCAACAUGUGAUUAUGUAUGUCUGGAUUCUUCAUUUAUCGUAAGUUUAUUCUGAUAUUA